AUGCCACCGGCACGACAACAGGUUGAUCGCGAUACACUCGAAGAAUACUUGAGAGAACGGCGACCGGAAGGUGGCACAUACAACAUUUGGCAUAAUCGUUGGAAGGGUUUGGAGAAGGAUUGGAGCAAGAAAGGAUUACGAGCUCGCUUCAAGGUGGAUGUGAAACGAGAUUCGGGAGAGACGAUUGGAUCAAGUAACCGGAACGCCUACUUUUGUCUUUACUUCGCCAAAGGCAUGUGCGCUCAAGGUGCUCAGUGUCCCAUGUGGCACCGUAUCCCCAAUGAACGUGAUGAAGUGGAGACUACCAUUGAUUGUUUUGGAAGAGACAAGUACAUGGAAUUCCGACAAGAUAUGGGUGGUGUCGGUUCUUUCAAUACACAAAACAAGACAUUGUACGUGGGUCGUAUUGCACCAACAGAGAAUAUGAAGGAGAUCAUUCGUAAACAUUUUGGACAAUUUGGGUCUAUUGAACGAUUACGAGUCAUCAAGCAUCGAGGUGUUGCCUUUGUCACGUAUUCCUCACGCAGCAAUGCCGAAUUUGCAAGAGAAGCCAUGAUGAAUCAAGGUCUUGAUAAUAAUGAGAUUCUUAAUGUUCGAUGGGCUACCGCUGAACAGGAUGCAAUGGCUCGAACUGGGGAUGAGGAUGGUACAGGAAACGCAAGUCAGGGUAGAGGUGCUUCACAUCAUCCACCUCAAGUGUACGCUCAACAAGAUGCCGAAUCCGAAUUGCCAGCAGAGUUUAGUCACGUGAAACGAGAAGUAGCAGAGGACAAGUUCCAUGACAUGGAAGAACGUGCCAAACGUCAACGCGUCGAACAAGUAGAAGCACCCCCACAGUAUUAUUACGAUGCCCAAUCAGCUUACGCUAUCUACGGCUAUACUGCACCCGAUGUUGCUGCCGCCGCUGCUGCCUAUUCUUCACCCAGUAACCAAGAGACGACCAAAAAAGUCGCUGGCAUCAUUCCACAAAAUGUCCUGGAUAAUCUCAAGAACCUAUCCAAAAGCGAAAAGGAAGACACAACAAAGAAGGCUGCUACUACUACUACGAGUGACAACAACAAGAGUGGAUUGGGUAAUUUAGCUGGAUAUGGUAGUGAUAGCGAUGAGGAGUAA